AUGAGAGAUAGUAAACUAAAAGUAGUAUUAUACACAGUUGGUGGUGCUGCUGUCUUAGCGGGAACCUACAUUUAUUUCAAAAGAAGAAAUAUGACUCUAGAAUAGAAAUACUCAUUGCUUUUUAAUUAGUUUUCACAGCAAAUCCUUUCUUUUAAAUAACUAAAUUAAAGCAAAUUUUAACUUACAUAUGAUAAACUAUUACAUUUAGCUAUUUAAGAAGAAAAUAACAGCAGUAGCAGCAACUAACUUACACUUACAGAUUAAAUAUCUUUUUCAGAUGUCGAUGAUAUUCUAAAUUAAGGAGCAUGUUCUUAAGAAAUUAAUGCUGGCGAUUAUUAUUACGAGUGUUUUGAUUGUAGUCCUGUAAGAUAAGAAAAUGCUUAAACACUUAAUGGUUUAGAAAUUGAUGAAUACUAUCAAAUAUUAUGUGAGGAUUGCUUUAAAACAGAAGAACACAAAAAUCAUAAAUUUAAAAGAAGAAAAUAAUAAUAUAAAGUAAUUGAUGAAAAGACAUACAACUAAAAUGUUCAAGCUAUUAAUUACUUCCUUUAGCUCAUAAUAAAUAAAAUAAAUGAAAUUCUUGAACUAAAUCCUCCUUCCACUUAUCUCAUAUCAAGCAUACUUUUAAAAUCUUUUGAAAAACCUAUUUCUUUUAAGGUUAAGAAAAAUUGCCAACGAUAAUAUCCUGAUAAAUAUAUCAGAUUAAUUUAAAAGGAAAAAGAAAUUAAUCAAGAUUUAACCAUUUUGGAUUGUCUGUUGUUGAGUUAUGAAGUUAUAUUUCCCAAUAGCGACUAAUAUAUUUCUAAGCUUUUUUAUACUCUUGCUAUGUCUGAUGAAAAUUUUACAACUAUUCUUUGCGAAAAAUUCUUUAGAAUGAUUAGAUUUAUUGCAUCUACUUAAAAAUCUAAAGAUGAAUGGAUCUAUAAGGGUAAGCUCCCAACAUUCACUUACAUUAUAAUGGUAAAUAUACAUAUUUAAAGAACUUUUGACUAUAUAUUAAAUACAUCAGGAGCUGAUAUUUUUAAUUUGCUUGAACAUCUUGCAUUUUACAUUCAUAAAAAAUUAAUUUUUUAAGAAGGAGAAGUAAAUGAAAUUGUUGUUCUAUUACCUAAUGUAACUUUUGACAUGUUUAAACAAGUUUAAUAAAUAAAAACUUUGAUGUAAAGAUAUCCAAAGGAAUUAGUGAAUGCAAUUAAUAAUUUAAAUUAGGCUCUUUUCUUUGGAAACUUUAUUAUUUAUUAAAAUAUAUUUUCAGAUUAACUAUUAAAGAGUUGGUGCGAUAGUUUAGUAUUUUUUACUCAAUUUGAUAAUAUUGAAGUUAGUAAUAUUGAAGCAUAAGUCUAAGUUUUCUAAGCUUUGAAGCUUAUAAACGAUGAAGAAUUAACCAAAAAUAUGAUAUCUAUAAUGUGUGAUAGCUUUAGAGAUCAAAUUUAAAAAAUAAGUGAUUUAAUAGGAGUAAAAGAAGAUUUCUAUACACUAUCAGUUUCUUCAUUAACUAUGUUGCCUUACCUAAUCGCAAUAUCUGAAAAAAAAAUGUUUACACAAUCUUCCAUUUAAAAAUUCUUUAAUGACAAAUUUAGCUUUAAAUGUGAAGAAGAAAAAAAACAUUUUUUCAAAUGCUUAAGAAAAGUUCUUUCAAAAUUUAUUCUUUUUGAAGCUGAUUUAUUUAAUUUAUUUAUUUAAAGCUUAAGUAUGAUUGGAAUGGAGUAGUUAGCUUAGUUCGCAAAGAAAAGCAUUUUUAAUCCAGCCUAUAAAAUAUAUGAUAUAUUCAUAUUCGUCAAUUCUAUAAUUCUUUUGGCUGAUAAUAAUAUUAAUACCACUACUCAGAAUAAUCCACCUUAAAAACUAAUUUAGAAUAUAAAAUAACCUUUGUUCGUUAUUUAACAAUCAUAAUACGCUUCUCAAUUAAUGUAUUAAAUACUUUUAGAUUCUACACCUUUGUUAAACUUGUUCUCUAAUAGAUUAUAAUUAUUCUUCCCAGAAGAAUGCUCAUCAGAAGAUACUCAAAUAAAAAAAAUAAUAAAAAGGAAUAUAGAAUAAGUUGUUGUGACUUGCAUAAAUAAAAAUAAUCUAGAAAAAAUGAACUUGAAUGAUUUGAAGGAGAUUUGCUCUGUUUUAAUAAAUGAUCAAAACUUAGUAAAACUAAAUUGCAAGGAAGUUUUGGAUUAAGAUGAAAGUUAAUAGUUUAUUUUCCUUCGCAAGCAGUAUACCCAAAAAUUUUAUUCUCGUCAUCUGUUAAGAAAUUAAUUUAAUGAAGUUUUCAACGAUAUCAAUAAAGUAGCUCUAAAAAAUAGAGAAUCAGAAGAGGAGUACACAUAUACUGGAAGCGAUUUUAGUUUAGAAAAGCUAUACCCAUAUCAAUAAGAAAUGUUCAAAAAGAUAUUUUUGGAUGAGGAGUAUGUUAGAUAAAUCAUUUUAGUUUGUUUAGAACAAAAACAAUUUAUUGAUAAAAUAUAAGAAUACUUAAUACUGUAUCUUUUGUUAAAAUUUAUUGUUUCUAAAGAUCAAUCUGAAAUUAUGAGUGAAGAAGAGAAAUAAUAAAUUGAAAAAAUAAUCUAAAAAUUACCUUUUGACAAAUUAAAAGAAUAAUUGACAGCUGAAUUUGAUUGUUAUAAACAAUAAAGUAAAACUGCUUAGAAAAUAUUAGAAAUGUUGAAAAAAAUAAGUUAAAAUUAAAAAUGA